GGACACUAAGUUAGUGAAUGGAUUUGCUGACCUUAGGAGGCUUUAUUUCUAAGCUUAACGGAAGCUCGGUAGGUUCUGUUUCGUUUACUAUGCACGAGAUGAGGACAGCAAAGACAAUACACCAAUACACCCGGCUUUCGUAAGGACCUCUGAUUUGCGCAACAAACUAAUACAAUCCCGCUGCCGAUGUCCCAGUCAGUUCCUCCCCUCCUACCUGCUGAGCGGUCGUGAGAAGCUGCUAUGAGCAUUCGAUGCGAUACAUCCCCUGAAUAUUCUUCCACAGCGUACUUCCGCGCAUCCGCCCUCAAACGUUUAUUAAUACGGGAAUGCCAAUACAUAGAACCAUGGGUUCAAAGAGUAGAGGCAUUGCCGACACUCGAUAUACUGUUACUGUUAGCGCGCCGGCCGCUUUGAGUGCGGUACCGGAUACCGCAAGUGACAAGAGCCAUUGGUUACGAGAUACGACAGACAGGGGAAAGGUGAAGGGAUUCAGGAAUCCAUGGAAGAGUGCUCAUGAUUUUUCUUUUCCCGAAAUAUUCAAGGCCAUGGUCCAUCACAAGUUUUUGUCCGGAAACAGCCAGAGGCCUGAUACUACACCACCAACUGUCUCAGUUGUCGAACCUACGUUUCUAUCAUCAAGAACAAAUCCACAGACUCUGCGUGCAACCUGGCUGGGACACGCUUGCUACCAUGUUGAAUUUCCCACCGGACUACGGGUUCUGUUCGAUCCUGUUUUCGAAGACCGCUGUUCUCCUUUCUCCUGGUUAGGUCACAAAAGAUUCACCCCUAGGCCAUGCGACAUCUCCGAUAUACCAGCUAUUGAUUGUGUUAUUAUAAGCCACUCCCACUACGACCAUCUUUCUUAUCCCACCGUCCUAGAAAUCCAAAAAUAUCACCCAUCCGUCCAAUUUUGUGUCCCUUUGGGUCUUAAAAAAUGGUUUGCGGACUGCGGUAUUAAUAACGUCAUUGAACUCGAUUGGUGGGAGGACGUGGAAUUGACGUUGUCUAAAUCAACAGAGAAAAGACCUGUCACAAGUUCUCCAACAGUUGAUCCCUCGAAUGACGACAUUACAGCGAGGAUUUCUUGUCUCCCUUGCCAACAUACAUCUGCGCGCUCCCCUUUUGAUAAAGCAGCCACGUUGUGGGCUUCAUGGUCAAUUGCUUCUGGUAGCAAGUCAGUAUACUUCGCUGGUGAUACCGGUUAUCGUGCAGUUCCACGCUUGCCUAAAGGUGUUGAUGACUGGGGUCCGGAGCUAGCGCAUCUUCCUGUGUGCCCAGCCUUUAAGCAAAUCGGUGAAUUUCGGGGUCCCUUUGAUCUUGGGCUGAUUCCAAUAGGAGCAUAUAUGCCACGUCACGUUUUGAGCCCCGUGCACUCGAAUCCGUAUGAUUCCGUUGAGAUUUUCAAAGACACACAGUGUAAAAAAGCCAUGGGUAUACACUGGGGAACAUGGGCCGUAGCAGAAGAAAAUGUGCUGGAGCCACCACAGUUGCUCAAGGAAGCGUUGACUAAAAGUGGACUCCCUGAGACAGGGCUGUUCGAUAUUUGUAAUAUUGGAGAGAGUAGGGAGUUUUAAAUGCUUUUUAACAUACCCGGGUAUUACUACAACAACUUGCCGAUAACCCAGGGUGAGAAGAAUGGACAAUUAAAGAUUAUUUUACAUACUGCACUACUUCGAGGCCUCGAUCCCGUUGUGGUUACCAAGACAAGAUACAGAAUUUUCAUACCAAUCCAGUAAUGCCGCUUCC